UGUACCUGAGAAAGGGUCAGCCUGGCCUAGUCCCUUCAGCAUCUCCAUGGCAGCCUUGGCCCGCCCUCUUCUGCCUUCCACUGCUCUCUCUCUCUCCUGUCUCUUCCAGUGGCAGGUCUUUGCAGUAAACAACAGCUGCCUACCAACCUCACAGAACAGAAUACCAAGCCUCGCUCAAGGGACAAGGUCCCUUGGUGAUGGAAGGAGGAGGGUGAAUACCCUCACCUUCGGCAGCGCCAGCCAAGGAAGUGUUGGCCCUGGCAAGGCUCCCUGCCCCCUUCUGAGCCAGAAUCCUAGAAUCAGCCCGCUCUCCAGGUGAACUCUGCUCCUGUCAGCAGCUGAAACAUCAAAACAAAGAGGAAGCCGGAGACAACGGGGGAAACAGAGUGGAGGAGCAGGCAGCAGUGUCUGCUACUCAGCUCCUUUGUGCCUGCCAAGCUGCUAUAGUUCUCUCUGGUAUCCAGGCAGGAUGAGGCCCAUUUUCAUGGUAGCACCGUAGAUUUACUAAGUCUGUGGCCCAAGCUCGGCUCCUGUCCAAUCGACAGCAUGACUGAGAAGCAGAGUCCAGGACCAGCAGCCGACUGCCCAAUUUGCUGGAAUCCCUAUGACAACACUUUCCGCACACCCAAAGUGCUUCAGUGCCAGCACUCCUUCUGCAUUGAGUGCCUGGCUCACUUGAGUCUGGUGUCUACAGUGCGGAACCGGCUGCAGUGCCCGCUCUGCCGCCACCCCACCACACUCCCCUCCGACCAGACAGUGACUGAACUUCCCACUAAUGAUGCUGUCUUGCGGCUGCUGCGCCUGGAGCCCAACCACAUCAUCCUGGAAGGCCGGCAGCUGUGCCUCAAGGAGCAGCGCAAGAGCAAAUACUGCUUGCGCCAGCCAAGGGUCUACACCCUCGACCUGGGCCCAGAGACAGACUCCAGCACUGUAAGCCGCCAGGACCUGAGUCCCAUGGGGGGCACUGCCACUGCAACCACCCUACCCAAUAGCUCUCCACCGUGGAACUGUGUUCGUGACCCCCAGCUUCGCAUAUUCACCUACUUAAUGGCCAUCAUCUUAAGUGUGACUUUGCUGCUCAUUUUCGCCAUCUUCUGGACCAAGCAGAUCUUUUGGGGCAUGGGUUGAGAGCAGGGAUGGAGGGGCUGCUCAGGGACAUAUACAGCAAGGAAGCAGAGGCCCUACAUUUGGGGAGGCUGUGUGGAACGUGGGAGUUUUCCACUUCCAAACAUGGCGAAUGGGAGCCAACAAGACAGUGCACUUGAAUGAACACCUGCCAUUGUGCCAAAACCUCUGCUUCUGCUGAAGGACUGCACCGCUGAAAGCAAAACUUGGAGAGGUGAAAGGAGGGAAGGAGAUAGAAUCAUGAAGCCUUUCCGAUACCUCAGAUCUUACCCCCCCACCCCCGCCCCCAAGUCCUGAGCCUGGGCACAGUUGCAGCCCUCUGAAUGCUGAUGUCUUAACCAGAUAGGAAAACCAUUGUGCUCAUUGUUUUCUUUGUAAUUGUGCUACACCCACUCAUGGUGUGCUUUAUCUCCUAAGCACCCAGUGGGUUCUACCUUAGGUUUUUCUGGUUGGGGCAAGCUAAUUCAUAAGAACUUGUGCCACUCAGCUCCCCAGGAAGAAAGCAGUUAUUCCAGUGCUCCCAAGCCUACUUUUAAUGAGCCCUCUACUGCACUGGCUCAAAGUGCCACUACAAACCGAAGGCAGGCUGCCAGCCUCCCAAACUUACUUCAAGAGAGCAUUUAAAUUAAAGGACAGAUGCUUAAUCC